UCAGGUGCCACGCAUACAGAUACUUUUACCCCAAAGAGUGAUGGGACAAAGUUCGCCUGUAUCAGGGCACGAACACCUUAAAGCUUAUUCUUACUCUGCGCGUUGUGUUGCAAGGAGUCACCAAAGGCUAAAAUUGAUGCGUUUCACUGAAGGUUGAUAUAGAUUUUCUGUCCACCAAAAUUGGAUUUAAAGUGAUGGCGAUCAUUAAAGUAGCAACAGUCUUGUUGAGCUGUAUCCUUCACCAUACCCUGACUGCCGGCCUUCAUACAGAGACAAAGUUUAUGAAGGAGCCAGAAAAAACCCUGUUCGUUGACUUGGGAUCCAACGCCACUUUCCGAUGGGAAUGCAAUUUCGGCAGCGAGGAGGACUGGACUAACUUUGAGCAAGUCUUUUGGGGAGCAGAGACCGAUAAUUAUGGCAAUAUUGGCAACAAAUUCCUUACGGUUGAUAGCAAAGAAAAUGUGUGGUCCAACCCAAAAGUACCAGGCUCUGUCAUCUCCAGAGCUGUGUGGUCCGGUACACUAAGCCGCGAAAGAUGUCAGCUAGAUUUUCUCUUGAAAAAUGCGAUUUACACAGAUGACGGAACGUAUGGUUGUAUAGGGGUAGUGUACGGGGAGACCUUCAAAAGUAGUCCAAUAAGACUUAUCGUCCUUGAUCCACCAAAACUCGUUCGUCGAUCGAACCGGACUAUAGAUAGUGUAGAAGGACAAACGGUAGAGUUGAACUGUAAAGCAACUGGGAACCCUGUGCCGAGUAUAUUGUGGAUGCACAAUGGUAGGAUAUUGCCCAACAAAGCCACAGUGCUCAGAAUUUCAGGCAUCCAGCGGAGCCAAGCUGGUACCUACAACUGUACGGCUACGAACCUAGCUGGUAACGUGUCGGAAGGUUUCUUAGUCAGGGUCGUGCGCUAUAAACCGUACCACAACCAGAAUGCUAGUUCAAAUCUUACUGUUCAAACAAGAGUUGGUCAAAACAUUACUCUGACAUGCGCAGUUGAUGCCAAACCUCCGGCAGUGUUCGCGUGGAUCAGAGAAGGCGCAAAGGUCUCAGUCGGUGUGAACUCUACAGAAAACCUAAGUAAACUGACAUUCACGCCUAAAAAAGAUGACGACUUUGGAAUUUACUGGUGCUAUGCUGGAAACGAUGUGGGACUAGCAAGUAUUCGUUUUAAAGUGAAUAAAACAUAGAGCAUUUAUUCAUAUGCAUUCAGAAACAUCAAAUUGUCGGUUUGCCGCUAAACCAGGCAUGUGUGAUUUGCGCUCUUUUCUCAGGGACCAGUCAUUUUUCAUCGCCUGAGGAGAAGAAGGGGAGGGGGGGAGGAUUUGGAGGAUUCUGGUUUGUGUUACCAUAAAAUGUACCUGAUCACCGUUAAGGCUCUGCAAUUUCUUAUUUCCCUUCCCCCCUCACUGGCAGUAAAUUUGUAAAAGUCCCCCCCCCCCUUUUAUACUAAUAUGUUGACGACGAGUGAUCCCCUUCCUUUUCCCCAGAGAACCAUGGGAUAACCCCCAAAAUUUCCAAACCUUUUCCUCUGGAGAUAAAUAAUGACUGCUUCCUUAUCUUUAUUUUCUAUCUGCAAGGCGAAAAAGAAAAAAAGAAAAAAAAACGACCAAAACAGAAAACCACUCUGUCACACAUUUCGCUGCUACCAUAUGAGUUUAAAUGCUUUUUUUUAAUUGAGCUGCGUGGUCCGUGUUAAAGUAGAUGCAGAAUAUUAUCUCAAAUCAAUAUCUUAUCCCGUUCUGUUGAUAUUUUUGUGUUUCUCAAAGAAGCUCCUUGAAACUUAACAGCAAUUGUGUUUCGUUGGAUCAGUGUUUCAUUGUAUAACAGCUACUGAUAAAAAACAAACCCUUGCAUUUUUAAGCACCGUAUCGUUAUCACUUGACAUAUCAAGUUAUCACAGCAAUUUUUUUAAACAACAACCUUAAGUUUUGCUUUAGGUGACAUAAGUUAACUCUUGACUCGGUGCCUCCAUUUUCAACAUUUAUAGAAUGAUAAUAUUUUCAUAAAGAUACAAGUCUUUUCCAAGAUAUUCAAAGUUUUGCAAAGGUUCUAGAACAAGUGGGGAAAAUAAAUUGAUAAAUAUAAACGAACCAGAAUAUGGGAAUGAACAACAUGCACAAUUGCUCGCCGACUUUGAUGCCUAUUGAGUACGAAUUGAUUUUUGUUUGGUGAGAUGUAACGUUUUUUCAACUUUCAAGCUAGAUAAAUGAUUAUGCCUUGCAUGAAAUGCGAGCAUGCAAUGUUUACUGUUUCAGUGAUGUAGAGCAAGCAGCCUGUUAUCAGUAUCCUCAAAUGCUACCACAUACAUGAUAAUUGAUAUGGCAAAUAAAUCAUAAUCUCAAAAUGUA